AGGCGGGCGAGGCCCCGAGCUGGAGGAGGAGGAGGAGCAGGCGGGCGGUGCGCGCUCUAGAGCCUCGUCCGGGCCGGGGUCUGCGGAGCUGCUGCACGUGAGCGAGCGAAGCAGCGAGCGAGCGCGCACCGGGAUAGCCGCUGCACCGCGCGCGGCUAGCGGUGGGGACCCGGCCCCGCAACACCCAGGAGCCCGGGCGGGGCUCAGGUCGCUCGGGGGCGGUGCCGGUUCCCGCCCCCCACAUCCGGGGGCCGGGCUGGGCGCUGGGCUCGCGCCGCGCGGGUGAGUCAGGCCGGGUUUUCCCUCUGUCUCUGGGGCCAGCCGACGAGUGUCGCCCAGUGCGUCCUCUGCCCGCCGAUCCGGCUCUCGCGCGUUCCCGAAGAGCCUGGGAAGAGAAAGGUUCGAGACCGAGCUGGGGACUGCAACGCGCCCUGGGAUCCACGGCGCCAGCAUGAAUCAGCUGCCCGUGCCCCGUUGAACCUUCAUGGCCACAGCCUCAGGCCCUGCUGGCAUUGCCAUGGGCAGCGUAGGCAGCCUGUUGGAACGGCAGGACUUUUCCCCUGAAGAACUUCGGGCUGCACUGGCUGGCUCCCGGGGCUCCCGGCAGCCCGAUGGGCUCCUCCGGAAAGGCUUGGGCCAACGAGAGUUCUUCAGCUACCUGCAUCUCCCCAAGAAGGAUGGCAAGACCACCAAGCGAGCUCCUCGGAAUGAGCCAGACUAUGCCACCCUCUACUACCGGGAGCAUCCUCGGGCGGGUGACUUCAGCAAGACUUCCCUGCCUGAGCGUGGUCGCUUUGACAAGUGCCGAAUCCGUCCUUCUGUGUUCAAGCCUCCUGCCGGCUCUGGGAAAGGCUUCUUGUCCAUGCAGAGCCUAGCAGCCCACAAGGGUCAGAAGUUGUGGCGAAGCAAUGGCAGCCUGCACACUCUGGCCUGUCACCCACCCCUGAGCCCUGGGCCUCGGGCUAGUCAGGCCCGUGCACAGUUGCUUCACGCUCUCAGCCUAGAUGAAGGUGGCCCUGAGCCCAGCCUAUCGGACUCUUCCAGUGGGGGUAGUUUUGGCCGUAGUCCAGGUACCGGCCCCAGCCCCUUCAGCUCCUCCUUGGGCCACAUUAAUCACCUUGGAGGCUCUCUGGACCGUGCUCCAAGGAGCCCCAAGGAGUCUGGACCUCUGGCGGUACUGAGCUGCCUGCCCGAGCCACCUCCCCCCUAUGAGUUCUCCUGUCCCACUACUGAGGAGGUUGCCGUGUUGCCUGAGACCUGUGAGGAACUCAAGAGGGACCUCGGUGACCAGGAUGUUUCUAACCCAUUUACUCAGGUGCUAGAGGAGCGCCAUCGGUUGUGGUUGUCUGAGCUGAAGCGCCUGUAUGUGGAACGGCUUCAUGAAGUGGCCCAGAAAGCUGAGCGCAGCGAGCGCAACCUCCAGCUGCAGCUGUUUAUGGCUCAACAGGAGCAGCGGCGCCUGCGCAAGGAGCUGCGGGCUCAGCAGGGCCUGGCCCCAGAGCCUCGGACCUCUGGUCCCCCCAUGGAGGCUGACCCCAAUGCCCGACCAGAGGAAGAAGCCCGAUGGGAGGUGUGCCAGAAAACGGCGGAGAUUAGUCUGUUGAAACAGCAGCUUCGGGAAGCCCAGGCGGAGCUGGCCCAGAAGCUGGCAGAGAUCUUCAGUUUGAAGACGCAACUUCGGGGCAGCCGGGCACAAGCCCAGGCUCAGGACGCUGAGCUAGCCCGGCUGCGGGAGGCAGUGCGCAGCCUGCAAGAGCAGGCACCUCGGGAGGAAGCCCCAGGCAGCUGUGAGACGGAUGACUGCAAGAGCAGAGGACUGCUGGGGGAGGCAGGAGGCAAUGAAGCCAGAGAAGGGGCCGAGCAGCUGAGGGCAGAGCUGCUGCAAGAGCGGCUUCGUGGCCAGGAGCAGGCUCUGCGCUUCGAGCAGGAGAGGCAGACUUGGCAGGAGGAAAAGGAGAGGGUGCUGCGCUACCAGCGAGAAAUCCAAGGGAGCUACAUGGACAUGUACCGCCGCAACCAGGCACUUGAACAUGAGCUGCGAGUGCUGCGGGAACCCCCUACAUCCUGGAGUCCCCGGCUGGAGUCCUCCAAGAUCUGAGGCUAGCCAAGUGUGCUGACAGCAGGCAUACUGUCAGAAGAUACCCCGAGGUGGCAGGCUCCUCCCUUGCACUGGUCAGGGGCCAGAAUCUGUAGAGGCCAGUUCAGGGAUGGGACGCCCAGCCAGUGGAGGGCUCCAGCGGGCAAUGGGAUGGAUAGGGUGCCUGCUCCAGAAGCUGUGGCAAAGUCUUGCUAGCAGAGAACCACACCCAGGGAGGGCCUAGCCCUGCUUCCAACAGUGGGUGUGGCCCAGUAAAGUAGGUUGGUGCCAUCCAAGCUUCAGCCCCAAGAUGCAGAAGGGCAGGAGAGGAGGAGGGUGGCAGGUGACUAGCCUGAGGUCUUCCUCCGUGGAAGGAGCCCAGGGUGGGAAGAUUGGUCUCCUCCAGAAUAAAAAGCACGUUUUUCUAUGAGGAGGCCUAGUUGAUAAGAUUGUCCUUGGCCUGAGGCCAGAGGCUCCUGGUGGUCAGUGUUCCAGGCCUUGGAGCUAGGCUGGAAAGAGUAUCCCUCAUUACAGUCUCUGGUCUUAUGUGGUGGAGAAUGGAGGAAUGUUACUUCUUGCUUCCAUACCCCACAGUACUUAGCUGCUGUGUGGGCUGCAAGCGCUUUCUUCAACACCAUCGGAUGUUGGAGAAGAAACAAUACCAGGGAAACAAAAGGAUUGGUCGACAGGCAUUUGCAGAACAUGAAGUGUUUUUUUCUGGUGGGAUGUCUGGACCCUGGGUGCCUAGGCAGCUGCUGGGUUUGGAGCCAGCUCAAGACAGUUUCCUCUGUAACAUGUAAAAGCUCCCGUGGACUCUGCCACCUCCAGCUGUGGUGUGCCCCUCCCUCCAUGGUGUGGGUGCCAGAGGCAGGUGCAGGAACCUUGGUCAUUUCCAGGAGCAGUAGAGGCCUGUAGGGUAUUUUAUUUUGCAUUAGAUCUGCUUUGUCUUCUAGAAGGGUCUGGGGAAAGAGUCCCUCAUUGUGUACCUGGCCUCAAAACUGACCUUUUAAAUCUGCUUCCAGCUAAAGCUGAUCCCAACAGUUCCCUGAAACCCUCAGACACCCCUACCUUAGCAGUGGUGAGCAUCCUUAUGGGCUUUGUUCCCCUUGGGCUAGGGACUGAGGCAGCUGAUAUCUCCUUUGCCUACCACCUACCUUACCUGCUCACUCUUUCUUCCUUCCUUUCUUUCUUUCUUUCUUUCUUUCUUUCUCUCUCUCUCUCUUUCUGAGUCAGGGUUUUGCUGUGUAGACCUGUAGACCAGGCCAGGAUGGAACUCAUUGUGUAGCCCAGACUGAUCUAUAGGGAUUCUGCUGCUCCCCUGUUGGACUUAUAGACCUGUGUUACACCUUAGCUUGCCAUCUUUCCUUUUCCUUGUGUUAGACAGGGUCUCCCAGUAUAGCCCAGUCUGGCCUUGGACUCAAAAUCCUCCUGCCUCUGCCUCCUAAACGCUGGGAUUAUAGGCAUGCGCCACCACACCCAGCGGGAUUAUAGGCCUAUACCUCCACUUUGGGUUCCUUUCUUCUAGAGAGAAAUCACUUGUUACAGAUGUGUGAUAGGAAUAGCUACUUAG